AUGUCCGGAGCUUCCAUUGAUGCUGCAUACAUCGAGCCUUCCAACGGCCACGGCUAUGUCUUCAAAGGAGAUCGUUAUGUUUGCAUCAAAGUCAUCCCCGGCACCACCAUCGACCAGAUCAACUGGGGCCCGAAGGCAUACGCGGAGGCUUGGAAGUCGCUAGUCCAGGCCGGAUUCACCAUGGUUGACGCAGUCAUCCCAAUCCCCGACAACACAGGCUCAAUCUGGGUCUUCAGUGGCGUCAAAUACGCUCGCAUCAAUUUCAAAGAUGACAAGGUUACCUUCGGCCCUGCACUCAUCUCCGAAAACUGGCCCUCGCUUGUCAAGGCUGGAUUCCCUACUGUCGAUGCCAUCUUGCCUACCCCGGGAGAGCCAAACCAUGCCUACUUCUUCUACAAGGACCAGUUUGCGCGCGUCACCCUGACUCCCGGCAAGGCUGAAAGUUCUAUUGUCUAUGGCCCUUCUCACAUUGCCAAGAACUGGCCGGUUCUUGCCAGCUCUGGAAUUCACCGUCUUGAGGCGGUGAUUCCUGCUCCGGGCUUCCCAAACGAUGCGUACUUCUUCCUGGGAGAUAAGUACGUUCGUCUUACUGUUGAGCCAGGUACGGUCCAGGACAAGAUUGUAUUUGGACCCGCUUCGGUUGUGAAGCACUGGCCUGCUCUCAAGGAUCUGUAA